UAGGAUCUGUUUAUAAUUAUUAUUAUUUAAAGCUCCGAUAUCUAUAUUUGCAUUCAAAGAUUGCCAUCAACUUACACACAAAGAACACAAAAACUAAAAGCAAUUUCUUUGAACCCCCGUUUUUCAGUACAUUCCAUCGAAAAUGGGCAGCCUCUUCACCUACCGUGAUUCAUGCCCUUCAAUAAAAAACAUUCUUUUACUCGACUCUGAAGGGAAGCGAGUUGCCGUAAGGUAUUAUUCAGAUGAAUGGCCAACAAACAGUUCGAAGUUAGCUUUUGAAAAAUAUUUGUUCACUAAGACUCUAAAGACAAAUGCUCGCGUAGAAGAUAUAGCAGUUUUUGAAAGCAACAUUGUUGUCUAUAAGUUUGUUCAGGACCUUCAUUUUUAUGUGACUGGAGGUGAUAAUGAAAAUGAGCUCAUUUUAUGCACAGUUCUUCAGGGACUCUAUGAUUCAAUUUCUCUUAUCCUGAGGAACACCAUUGACAAAGGGGAAGUGCUUGAAAACUUGGAUCUUGUGCUUUUAUGUCUUGAUGAGAUUGUUGAUGGAGGAAUUAUACUAGAAACAGAUGCCAAUCUCAUUGUAGGAAAAGUAGCAAGUCACAUCCUGGAUGUUGAUGCACCCUUAUCUGAGCAGACUAUAACUCAAGCAUGGGCUUCAGCGAGAGAUCAUUUGGCCAGAAGUCUCCUUAAAUGAUUUUUGUUGGAUAUUAAUAUUUCUUUUUUUAGCAAAAUAUUAAUAUUGUUUUUAAAAUGCUUACUUGGUAUAACAAUUUACAAACAAUAAGCAUAGAACCCCUCUUAUCUCCUCUUAUUUUAUAUGAUAUUUCAUUUUUCAUUU